UAAAAUGGUUUGAUUUAAAAUCAAAGGAAAAAGAGGAGAGGAGAGGGUUUGAUCAUCUGUAGGAAAAGAAAUCCAGGCACCCUAUUUUCUUUUCUUCUGUUAGGGAAGAAGGAAAGUGGGAAAGUAAGAUGAUUGAACACAAUAAGAGAGAUGAGGUUGAAGAUGUGGCAAUAUAUGGAGGAUUGACAGGGGUCCAAUUUGUUUAUGCAGGGAAUUCAGUUUUACUUGGUUAUCUCAUGUCCCUCGGCCUUACCCCUUUCAGCAUUGUUAUUUUCUUCACUUCUUCCACCUUCCUCAUUGUCUCUCCUUUUGCUCUUUAUUUUGAAAGGAAUAAAUGGCCCAAGCAGUUAACCUUGAAAUUGAUAAUUCAGCUGAUUUUGAUAUCCUUUGGAGGGGUCACUCUCUUCCAGUCCUUGUUUUUCAAAGGGAUUAAUCUAACUUCACCAGCAGUGGCAACAGCCAUGCCAAACCUUGCUCCAGGGCUUAUCUUUAUAAUUGCUUGGGCUUGCAGGUUAGAAAAGGUUGCUCUAAGUUGCCUGUACAGUAAAGUGAAAAUUGGUGGCACUUUGUUGUGUGUCUUAGGUGCACUUACAAUGAGCCUAAUGCAUAGCACUGUCUCACCCAAAACUACAAGCAUGUUCUCUGCCCCAACCCACGAUGCCAUUUUCGACAAAGAUAAGAUCACCGGUUGCAUCUACCUCAUGGCUGCAGUCCUAGUUUUAUCGACCAAUGUCGUGCUGCAGGCGGCAACUUUGGGUGACUUUCCUGCUCCCAUGUCCUUGUGUGCAAUAACAUCCUUGAUCGGAGUGAUUAUAACAGUAAUGGUUCAGUUGGUUGAAGAUGGUGAUUUGCAACAGGGUUGGCCCCUCCUCAGUGUUAAGCACCUACUUGCCUUUUCCCUGCUGGAAGGUGCUGUGGGGGGAGCAUGCGUAAGCUUCAAUGGAUGGGCACUGAAGAAAAGGGGACCUGUUCUGGUCUCAAUGUUUGGCCCCAUUGGAACAGUUGUCACAGUUGUUCUCUCUUUUAUUACUUUAGGGGACACUAUUUCAUUCGGAAGCUAUCUCUAUGAAUGCAGCCUUGGUGGGAUGCUCGUCAUGUUCACUGGUCUCUACUUUGUCUUAUGGGCUAAAGGAAAAGAAGUUAUUUGCUCCGAUGAAGACGGCUCGGAAAGUGAGUGGGUUGUGGAGAGGUCUCUAUUAUGUUAA